GGAGCGCGUCCUGGCCGCGCUUGCCCGCUGGGAAUUUGUAUUCGGCUCCAAUACUUGGUUGUCAGCACCAUCCUCACUCAGCUCUGCGGUGUUGUGGGUGACUGAAAUCCGAAAAGACAAAAGAGUGUGUGAGAGGAGGAGGGAGAAGGGUCCGGAGACAGCGAUGUGAUUGUCACGUCAGCGGCGGGGAAGUUUUUGGGCUUGUUCGGACCUUCUCUUCAAGUGGGGCGUGAUUGCGCAUCGACGAUGAGCAAUAUCUACGAGUCCGCAGAGGCCACGCUGGGCUUUAUCAGCUCUCCGUGCCUCACCAAAGUGGAGCUGAGAGUGGCCUGUCGGGGAAUCUCAGACCGAGACGCCCUCUCCAAACCAGACCCUUGCGUGGUUCUGAAGAUGCAGUCUCAUGGCCAGUGGUUUGAGGUGGACCGUACAGAGGUGAUCCGCAGUAGCAGCGGCCCGGUCUUCUCCAAGAUCUUCCUGGUGGAUUAUUACUUCGAAGAGGUCCAAAGGCUGCGUUUUGAACUUCACGACAUCAGCUCGGGCAACAACGGCCUCCGGGAUGCCGACUUCCUCGGAGCCAUGGAGUGCACCUUGGGACAGAUUGUCUCCCAAAGAAAACUCAGCAAAGCCCUUCUCAAACAGGGAAACACCGCUGGAAAGUCUUCCAUCAUGGUGACGGCGGAGGAGCUGUCUGGUAAUGACGACUACGUUGAACUCUCCUUCAGCGCUCGUAAGCUCGACGACAAGGACUUCUUCAGCAAGUCAGAUCCUUUCCUGGAGAUUUUUAGAAUAAAUGAUGACGGGAGUGAAUCGCUUGUACAUCGAACAGAGACGGUGAUGAAUAACCUGAGCCCCGUUUGGAAGUCCUUCAAAGUUUCCUUGAACACUCUUUGCAGUGGAGACCAGGAAAGGGAGCUCAAGUGCACUGUUUGGGACUGGGACUCGAACGGAAAGCACGAUUUUAUUGGGGAGUUUCAGACUACAUUCAAGGAGAUGAGGGCAGAGCAGGAGGGCAAGCAGAUUCAGUGGGAGUGCAUCAACCCUAAAUACCAGAUAAAAAAGAAGAAUUACCGAAACUCCGGUGUCGUCUUUCUCAACCACUGUAAGAUCAUCAAAAUGUAUUCAUUCUUGGAUUAUAUCAUGGGAGGCUGUCAAAUCCAGUUCACGGUGGCAAUAGACUUCACGGCAUCCAACGGGGAUCCUCGAAACAGCUGCUCCCUUCAUUACAUCCACCCCUACCAACCCAAUGAGUAUCUAAAAGCUUUAGUGGCCGUGGGGGAGAUCUGCCAAGACUACGACAGCGAUAAAAUGUUCCCAGCGUUUGGUUUUGGAGCUUUAAUACCGCCUGACUUCAAGGUGUCACAUGAUUUCGCCGUCAACUUUGAUGAAGACAACCCCGAAUGUGCCGGAAUCCAAGGCGUUGUCGAGGCCUACCAGAAUUGUCUUCCCAAGAUUCAGCUGUACGGGCCCACCAAUAUUGCCCCGAUCAUCCAGAAAGUGGCCUCUUCGGCCUCUGAGGAGAUGCACACCAAAGAGGCCAUGGAAUAUUUCAUCCUCCUCAUUCUGACGGAUGGCGUCAUCACCGACAUGGCCGACACGCGGGAGGCCAUCGUGCACGCCUCCCAUCUACCGAUGUCCGUCAUCAUCGUCGGCGUGGGCAACGCGGACUUCACUGACAUGCAGAUUUUGGACGGCGACGACGGCAUCCUGCGUUCUCCCAAGGGCGAGCCCGUCCUCCGCGACAUCGUCCAGUUCGUCCCCUUUAAGGAUUUCAAGCAUGCAUCCCCAGCUGCCCUGGCAAAGAGCGUUUUGGCAGAAGUCCCGAACCAGGUGGUGGAUUACUAUAACGCUAAAGGCAUCAAACCCAAGUGUAUGUCGGACUAUGAGUCAACAAGGACCUUCAGUCCCUGACAAUGGACUGGCGAUAUGAUAUAUGUACACGUUUACACUCAAAUACAAAUGUGCAUUGCUUACCUACCGUAUACACACAUGCACAGUUACAUGUAAAUACAUAGACAUUUGUCUAGCUCAGAGAAAUAGCUCGUUUUGGUGAAGCAGUUUGAACCCCAUCAAUGACUAUUGCAUGUUUGGCCAUGAUGGCAUUAAACUGGGGAUUAUUACUUCUAUAUCUUACAGAUGUUUAUAGAAAUAAAUCUACUGAACCUGCAUGCAGACCUCAGCCUACCCAAAGAAAUGACACUAUACCUUAUUUAUAUAACUAGCAAAUGCAUAGAUCACACAUAUGCGAUGAAUAUAUUCUGAUAACUAGCAUUGCACUUUGUACUUAGAUGAAUAAUAUUAGUUUACUGAUGUUUUUUUUUUUUUUUUUUUUUUGCAUAACGGGAUGCAUAAUUCCACUCACAAAUCCCCUGUAGAUGCUUGCUGGUUAUGGAAUAAAGUAUAUCUGUCAUUUCAGUGACAUUCUGGGCUGUUUUUUUUUCUACAAAAAAAUGUUUUUAGCACAUAAUAACUCAAUAAUUGUAAUAAUUUCUUAAUAAUCUUCCUAAAUUGUAAAGAGUUUUUGCAGGGUUAGAUAGGUGUGCGUUGUUGAAACAAAUCUGUGAACUGUUUUUUUUUUCCCCCUGUAAACCGCAUGUUGAUUAUAAUAA